GUUCACCAUUGUUGUUAGGGCGGCUUUUGAUCGGUCCUUCUUUAAACUCGUGUCAUAAAACCAGCUGGUUCCAGAAGCCAAUGCUGGCAUCACAGAAUGAGUUCAAAAGUCAAGUCUGAAAAGACAAAAGUGAAGUUUGCUCAGUCAAAUAUUAAUCAUGUUUACAAGGGAAAUACUACAGAACCUCAACAUAAACCAACUGUGCGACAAUAUGGGAUGCAAGUUGUCGGAAAGUUGCAAGGAACGCGCCGAUUACCCCCACCAGCUUGGGUCCCCAGUAUCAAGGCUGAAACAGGCGGUCUGGACAGUCGAGUUUCUCUUGUUCCCGCGGGUGGGGGUGGGUGGGGCGCUCCCUCGACUUCCAGUGCUGACCAGCCACCUGUAUCAUCCGCGGCAACUGAUAGCCUUCCAAUUGUUUCUACCUUACCCUCCGUGAAUGGUGCGCUUUAUAGUGAAACAGUCGGAAAUUCUCUCGAACCAGCAUAUACAAAGUUCGUUUAUGGUAACUCAGAUAUGGGGGUAACGGGUGUAUCAACACUGAAAGAUACUUCAGUCGGUGUGAACGGCUCUGUUAAGACGGACAAAACUCAAGAUGCAGUAAAAGAUAAAGUAUCCAGUCAACCGCUGAAACCGCCGAGUGAUAAGCCAGGAUCUAGCGGAGGAUUGGCAGCUAACAAACCAUUCUUCCAGAGACCAACUCCGAUUGUAACCACUUCUAGUACUACAACUACGACAUCUAAAUCUGAAAUUCCUGCCAAGGUUGAUGGGGGCGCUCGCGAAAUAGUUGGGGAGCCUUCUGGCUGGGUUGCUAUUGGCCAAGAUGAACCUGACUUCGAUGAACGCAUAAUUUUUAGUGAUGAUGAAGAGUAUGAAGUAAAAUCCAUCCAAUCAACUACAACGACAAACAUAUCAGAACAACCUGCACAGUUUUCGAUCCCACCUCCUAAUACUGUUAAGACCAGUUUGCAUGCUAUGCCUAUGAAACCCUUUGUCAACCCGUCGACUAAUUUACAAGGAGCUUGCGUCAUCCAGUCACAAUCGACGGUAUCUCAAAAUAUGUACGGCUCUAAUUUAAUGACAUCAAACGCUUGGCCCGCUGCGGAUGUUUCAUACACUCGAAACUGUUCAGUUAGCCACUCUGGACCUCCACCAAUUAAUCUUCCUUACAGCAUUGCGUCGAUAAAUACUUGUGGGAUUACUUCUGAUGCCAACCGUUCAUUACCAAGUGGACAGUUUAUGAACCAUGUUACAUCUCCAGGCGUUAUAGAUUCGUUCUACUCUACACAUCCACUUCAAAGUCGUUUGGCGGUGUCGAUUGCAAGUGGCAUUACUGACUCUGUAAGGUCAGCAACGGAUGUAGAUGCCGAAUUACAACAGGCUCAGAGGCAAGCACGAACCCAAGAAUUUAAAAACGCAGUUGAAAGAGCUCAACAGGCAAGAGCACGACAAAAGCUUUCUGAAAGCUGUUCAGCUGAAAGUGAUAACAUGUUACCUAAGUCUGCUCUGGGUCUCUUGCCCAGCAUGUCAGAAAACAGAUCACUUCCAUCUGUUCCUACGCCUUUCACGACUACGGCAUGUCAAGCUGGUCCUAAUUGCUUGUUCCCAGUGGGGGACCAUUCAUCUGUUAAUCAUAUGCUUAGCGCUCCUCCUCAUAAUAUGCUUCCUGCGUUUCCAACAUCAGGACCUCUAGAUAUAACAGCCGCAAUUGCCGCUGCGACUGCUGCUGCCAUAGCGUACACAGGUGGAGCAGAUAGUGGGGUCCCAGAAAGAAGUAGAAUUGAAAUGCCUCUUAGUGUUUCCUCAAUUAUUUCUCAGACACAGGUGCCAAUGCCUGUUAGUUCAAACACAGCAACUGCUGGCACGUGGCAGGCUCAGUUUGGUUCUAACAAUUCAAUGCCUGCCGCUAUGGUCCGAUUGCUUUCUCAGCAGCCUCUUAUGGCACAGUUACUACAGAAUGCUCUUAAAAUGUCUGCGGGUAAUUCUCAAGUACCUAAAUCUGCUCAGAAUUCACAAGGUCUGUUUUUAAAUCCAGACUUCUCUGUUGAACGUUUCCUCGAGAUUUUCAAUCAGUCACAGAUGAAUUGGCCUCAAGGGCCUCCUAUUAGUUCACCCAAGAAUACGAUCUCUUCAGAAUCGAAUGCUCAGGUCGCGAUAUCUACGCUGCGACAUGAUCAGUCUUCUACUAGUACUGUGGAUUCAUGUCUACGAAACCAGUAUGCAUCUACAACCCCAGUUUCAGGUAAUCCUGACGAAACUGUCGGUUCACAAAACGUUAAAGAGUCUGAUGGAUCAUGCGAAAAAACUCAUCGAGUUCACAGGGUUUCACAAUCAUCCAGCAGAUCGGAUGUUACUGUAGUUACUACCAGCUCGACUGUAACAAGUAGUAAUUCUCCUAGUCAACGAACCACUCGUGUUCCUGGCUUAAUGGAUAUUAAAGUAUCAUGCGCAUCAUCUCAACACUUGGCUCAUCUCUGGGACAAGGAAGAUCACUUACUGGAUCCAGUAAGCCGUGGUUCUCGGGGUCGUGGAAAGAGCUUGAUGUCAUACAAGCCUCAGAGAGGAAGUGCUAAGGGUCGUGGAACCACUAAAAGCCAUCUUUUCGAAGCUGUGACAAGUGACUUCAAAUCUAUGAAUCUUCGCGAACCAUGUGAUCCACAAUAUUCUGCAGAUGACUAUGAUGUAUCACAUCGUUCACACAGUGUUUCAAAGUCGUCGAAAUCCUGGCGUUCGAAACCGUCACGCAGCGUUGAUGAUUCAGUUAUAGAUGCUUAUAAUAUGAAUUCACGGGUCAAAUCUGGAUUGACUGAUGACGAACAUAUGAGAUACAGAAAGCAGGUUCGAAAUAUAACAGACGAUGGUUGUUGGACGCGUACAGAUCUGAACAAUAAUAGUUCAUCUUCUGUGUCGUCUAGCGAAAGUGAGAGUAAUGGAUGCGGUAUCCUUAGUGACGUUCAAGAAGGUGAUGGUACUGAAGAUGACAAGAGUUAUAACCGAUUCCAUAACCAGUCUGGGAAAAAAAGGAAUCAGCACCUAAGUAAAUUCUCACAUCCGAAUCAAGCUGGAGUGUCUGAUAAUAACGAUAGAAAUAAAAAUCUCAGUACAUCAUACAACAGACGAGGUCGACGUGGUCGUGUCGGGACAAAUAGUCAUUUUACAAGUUCCAGGAGUUAUACUACAGAUGAUUUCUCUUCAUACUCGAAACGUUAUUCAAAAGGUUCGGAACAAGACUAUUAUUGGCGUCAACAUUAUGGUUCUGGGUCCAGAGGAGUUCGUACAGGUCAUUCUGUCGGAUUGAGCAUUGAUCAGCGCAAGAAUCAUAGUAACGAUGAUAUUCUUUACAGACCAUCUGAGCGUCAAGCCUCUCGAAGUAUUAAUUCUGGCAGCUUUACUGGAUAUUUUGGUGGUCGAAUGACUCGUUCAUACGCACAAUAUGAAUCAUCUCGUGAUCAGAACAAGGAUUUAGAUAGUCAAUAUUACGUUACAAAUGGUCGUCAGAUGAGACCACAAAAGAUGUAUUACAGUCAUAAGGGACAGUUUUCAAGUACCACUGAUUUUUCUCAUGAGUAUGUUGCUAGUGACAACGAUGAAAAUAAGUCUCACAGUCGAUCAACUAAUUACCCUGAUAGUAAAGCGAAGGUUUAUGCUGUCAGUGGACGUUUCCAUAAAACAUACAGAAAAAACCCAACAAACGCUACCACAAAGUCUGAGUUAAACACUCAGCCACAUAUUGAUACUGAACAGGUAACUAAACUGACACUGGAUAGUACUAAUAAUCGGACGGAAGGUAUAGAUGAUCCUGAAGUUCCCACCGUUCGUGUCCCCGCUUCAGAUUCAGUUAUUAUGAACUCCCAGUACUCUAAAACGCGCACUAAUCGUUUUGCCACUCACAAAGUUUUAGGGACAUCCAAACGCAUAAGUAGUCGUGCUGGUCAAAAUCAUCAAUCAAAACGUCUUAACGGCUCUGUUAUUCAUACCACUCGUCGCUAUCGAGAAAUGCGGGAUCGAUACAAUGAUGAAAAAGAUGGCGAUGGAGGUGCUGCUGCUGGCGGUGUAGGCCGGUCUGGAACAUCUAGUGGUGUAUCUGCUUCCAUUAUUUUUAAGACUGGAACUGGUGGAAAUAGUAAUUCUCGUGGUGGCAAUCAAUGUAGUGGUAAUGGUGGUCAUACUGAUUCUGCUGUCGAUUUCGUUGAUCAAGGAAAGCAAAGCAACAAUAGUGAAGUUGUUUCAAAUACUGCUAACGAUCCGCUUGAUGAAAAUAAUGUGAACUCACGGUCUCUUAUGCGUCGGCGGCAAGCGGUUGGUACCAGUCCAAGAUCUGCUGCUGGUGGGAUUGCUUUACAAACAGAAUGUUCUAAAGUCUCUUCUUCCCCAUCAGUUAUUAGUGGAAAUGUCCAGAAAAAUGAAAAGUCUCAAUUAUCAGGUGGAAGUUCCACAAACCAACAUAGCGCUUACCGUAGUACCACACGUGCCUCUCGAUAUGGAACCACUUUUUACCACAAAAGAAAUGAUAUAUCCUCAAUACCGCCUUUAAUGUCUAUUAAGCCUCAUGUCUCAUUUCCCGAAAAUUCUUAUGCUUUGGAUUCCUUGUCUACAUGGACUAGUCGUGCAGAGCGAAAAAAAGAAACAGUCUUCAAGGAUGAUUCCGAUAAGUUCUCGCAAUCAGGUAAAGAGUUCGAUGAGCUAAAUCAAGACAUUUUUGAAGAAGAUACUCCACAUGGGGAUGGGUUUACAAAAGUUGUCUCAAAAGCAAGCAAGUAUUUUGCACGUCGACGAAUGCAGCAAGAAGUUUCAGUUUCUGGUGUCUUGAACACAAGAAAGUCAAAUACUUCCUCUAGAAAUGUUGGUAAUGUAAGCCAAGUAUACUCCAAGGAGGGUUCAACUUUAACUAACACUCUUUCACAAAACUAUGUACAUACAAGUGACCAUAAAAGUCAGUCAAGUGGGCUGUUGAGAAGUUUGUCAGGUAAAAAGAAGUCUCUCCCAACUAAAGUAAGUUUUAUGGGUCCACCAUUAUGUUUAGACGCAACUUCAUCACUAUGCACCGUUACAACUUCUGUUUUGUCUGGUCAAACUAACCAACCAGUUCCUUGUAGUAGCAGUUUGUCAUCAACACCUACAUCAUCUGUGCUGCAGAAGAUUUCUUUUUCAACUACUCGUACAUGGUCAAAAGUUGUUGGGACAAAGUUUGCGAAAUCUCCACCUGAAAACCAUGGUGACUCUACAAAAACAUCAUCAGUUUUACUCAAUUCAAAUUCAGUCUGGCAAUCAGAACAUUCAAACCACGUAAUUACUCAGGAAUCUAAUGAAGAUAAAAAGUUAUUAGACAACACAGUCGCUACAACAACCAGUAACACGGAUCCAGUGGUGAACUCCUCUUAUGCUUCCAUGCAGUCGUUAUGGUCGAUUGGUGAUAGCAUACCUCAAGCUAACAAAAAUCAUUCAAAUAAUAAUACUUUGCUCUUGGCUAGUAGUACAGUUCAGGGUACGGUUGUUCCUUCUGCUGGUCCGCUAUGUACUGUUAGUCCUUCAACUACAUUUUCAUCUCAAAUUUCUAAUAACAUUUGUAAGGUCAAACCUCAACAACAACAGCUUCUUCAGGUUACUUCCAUCUCACCUCUUGUUUCGACUUCUAUGCACUUGAAUCUUCUUAGCCCAUCUAAUAAUAAUAUUAUUGAGAAUAUCUCCACUGCAGAUUUGAUAGGAGAAACAGAAAGAUCUGACUUCGAAUGUUGUGGUGACAUGGGACGCUCUAAUGCCCUUUUAAGACCGCCUAUCUCAGAUUUAACAACUUUAUCCAGUAAUUCUUUUCAGUCUUGGUCUUCCUCAAAUGCUCUAUAUACACCAUUCUCUUUAUCUAAUGUUCCUAUAAAUCGUCAUGAAAGCAACAUGUUUUCCGGCAACGUUUGGCCUACAGCUGAUCAAAGUAUGGAUGUGAAUAUUAAUUGCAUAACAGGUUCGUAUAAUGCUAAUUCUAAUCAACCACACUUUCAAAAUCAAAUGAGUUCUAAUAUUCUUUCAAAUGUUUUAACUCACAAUAAUACCGUCCCAUCAUUGGAUAGUAUGACUAAGCAGUCGACUAUGUCUAUCACACCUAGGCAACAGCACAUACAGUCUUAUCAAAACUCAAUAUUGACACCCGCAGAUAGAGUAAACAUAUACUCCAGUGGUCCAUAUGGAAAUAACUCUGCAGAAUUAGGAAAACUAUCAAACAACAUAUGUGUUCCGUCUCAACAAAUGACUUUUGUAUCUGCAGCGCCUUCAUUAUAUGUUCAUCCACAGUCAACUACAAUUCAGCCGGCACCUUCUCGUUCUUUUCACCAUUCCUUGUCAAUUCCGAUUCAGUCACAAAUGAGUCAAACUCGGAAAUGCAGACAACAGGUACCACAUCAAAUCGAUCCAUCCACAUUCACUGCUGGGUAUUCGAGUUUUCCCACGGACGUAAAAUGUUUUAUUUUAAUUUCAGAAUGAAUACAAUUUCCCUCCAUCUAUUGCUGGUUGUAUUCCACCUCCUCCUUCUGUUGGCUUGUAUUCAGCCAUUCAUCAGUCUAAUUACCCACAGAAUUCAGGAAGACAUGCAAUCGGAUUUCCGACGACUGUAAAUUCGUAUUCUCUUCUUGGAAACCCUUCUGCUACUUCUAACCUUCAAGCCGCUGGACAACCAUUCGCCCCAGCGAUCGGACCAGCUCCUGGAAACGGUGGAGGUUUAUUACCUCACCCUGUUCCUCAGGGUGGAUACAACAAUACACCUUGUCAUUUCCCGACACCCAUCACUUCAAAUUCUGUCUCAAAUUAUGCCAAUGCUCCUAACUAUGUAGGCGUGAUUGGAGGAGGGCGUCCCAGUACUGACCAUUCAAAUGCUACUGUUCGACAAAGAGGUUUACAGCAUCACAAUUUAUUCCCCCAUCCAAACCUCCCACAGUCACCCUCAGCGCAAGGACAACAGUCCUUUCAGUUGCCAUCCAGUUUUUAUCCGUCGAUUUCACCAUCGCAUCAACGCGUAUCACUUCAGCAGUUUGGAGGUACUUCUCGUGCAGCAAUCACUGGACCAAUUAAUCCGCAAAAUGGACUUUAUGGUCCAGCAUUUGGUGGGGCUUCUCAUCCACCAAAUCAAGCCACUCCACCUCCUAUCGGACAUCAGUUGAAUCCCAUAGGUUUUUAUAGUAAUCCGUUCCAAUAUCCAUCUCGUCCAGGUAAGGAUUUUGGGUUGAACAUAGUUAUAUCCAACAUGUCGUAUCAUCUUUGUUUUCUUUUCGAGUGGAAAAUGCCUUGAUUGUUAGUGUAACACAGUCACAUUUUCUGACAUUGUCUGUCAUUGAAAGACGUACUUCAAAAGUACAUAAACCUUGUGAAGGCUCUUUACUCGAACACUAACAACUUAUGGCGAACUGUCAUCUGAUUUUGCAACCUCAAGUGGUGUCCGGCGAAGCUGUCCACUUUCUCCAUUUCUGUUUAAUUUCAUCAUAGACUUACUGAUGGAAAUAACGUUCUUAUCGCUUGAAUUUUCAGGAAAGGAUCUACCAGUAGGUCCUCUUAUUGACUUAAUAUACACAGAUGAUGGUGAAAAAGUUGAUAAAAUGCAGAGUCUUUUGGUAGCACUGAGCAACAAUGCCAGGCUGUUUAGGAUGCGUUCCUGCCCAUCUAAAUGUAAAUUGUUACUUCAGGACUGGCAUGCAUCAACAACUUCAUUUAUCUUAAAAGUUCGGUCAGCCCUUAUGGGUUGGUGUCUGACGAAAGUCUGUUUGGCUUUUGCUAACUUAGAUCAUCUGUGGCGAAGGCGAGAUAUCCGUCUAUCAAUUAAACGAUGAGUAUACUGAGAAACAUUUCGUUUUGUUUUGCUUUACGGCUGCGGAACAUGGCCAUUAAAGGUUGAGGAUACCAGUAAGUUACUAGUAUUUGAUCACAGAUGUUUUAGAAACAUUGCUCUCAUCUGCUGGGAUCACCGAGUGGUAAGUAAUGGUAAGGUUAGAUGCAAGGUAUUGGGAAAUGAUAGUAUAUCAGUCGAUGAGGUUGUGAAUCUCCAUCGACUGUAAUGGUUGGGCCUGAAAACCGUUUACCACGACGUGCAAUUCUGAUCAGUGUUGGAGACUAUGGGAAGAUAGUUGGGGGUCGCCAAACCAAAACGUGGCAUCAGUGCUUGAAGUCACUUAUUUCUAGUCUGAGCCAUGUUGGUAUAUGUAGACUACUUGGUUGGGGUUCGCGUGACUAUCGUAACCAAUGGUUGGAGACUCUUGGUGACAUGGCUCAGAAUCGAUCACAAUGGCGUCGGUGUAUACACUCUCUGUUUUCCCUUAAACUAAGAGAUUAAAAUCGUUUUAUAUCUUUCUUUCUACGAACCAAUUCUUUUUUUCUGUACUAUAUCCUUACAUUAAGAUCUUUUAUAUAUUACCAUCAUUGAAUUAACUACUUCUAUGAAUCCGGUGUUCAUGUUGUUGUGCUAAUGCGGUAUGACAACUUGAACCGGUGCAUAUAUGUGCCUUGUCCUAUGUUGUAGCUGACUGAUACAAAGAUUUUGGUUUUUAGCUUAAUACGAAAAUAGUUAUAAAUUUAUUGUGUAAUGUUGCUUCACUUCCUCAGUUUUUCUUAUUAGUACAAUGUAUAUUUGUGAUUCCACUUCAAUUAAGUUACCUAUUUCUUUUUUCACCAUUUCUUACAUUCUUUACAGAUGGACUUCAUUGACAAAUCAUCCGUACAAUGUGUUUUUUGACUUUUAUUGUGGAGAAUUAUUUUCCGAGUUUUGUGCUUCCAUCCUUACUAUAUAUCGUAUGAUCAUACUGUAGUCUUUUCGCAUUACAAUUGAAAAGUGGUCAAUACUUGUCUUAAAAUGCACAUCAUUUUUGUAGAUCCAACUGUAGUAGUCUUGGCCAGUUUUUCUAUAAACAGGAUAUUUUCUUUUGAUUUUUUUUUGUUUGUGUCAAUUCUAUGUCUCUUUGAGUUUUUAUUAAAUUAAAUGUUUGACUGUAAAUUCUGUGUUUCUUAUGAAUCUUUGUCAUGUUAUACAUUGUCUAUUAAAUUGUUAACACAAUAGCUUGUGUUUCCGAUUGAUUGCUUUGACUAGUGGUGAUUUUAUUGCUCUUUCUCUAUUUUUCAAUUUGAGAAUCCCAUAUAGUUCUUCUUGACUGUCUAUGAUUUGACAAUUGAUCUGCAGUUUUAUCAUCAUUUAUCAUCAUUUAUAAUUGUUGUACACGUUCCCCUUCUGCCCAUCGGCUAACUUGAUUGGUUAUUCUUGUAAACAGGAUAUAUACAUAUAUUUACAGAUAUAUGUCGUUUACAUUUGCCUGAU